AUGCUUGGCAUCAAGGCAUCCUUGCUGCUUUCGUGCCUGGCAUUAUUCAGCCCCGCGUCUUGUAGAGUCAUCCAGGAGCGGGCUGUUGCAGACCACGCCGUCACUUUUCAGCCAAUUUACUAUCCUCCCUCGAAUUACAAUACCCCAAAGACACUGUACGGGCGUACAGUUCAACUUGCUGACGGCACUCUUCUGGCUACUUGGGAAAAUUACAGCCCCGAGCCACCGAUGGUUUAUUUUCCCAUCUACCGCAGCACUGACAAGGGAGCCACCUGGUCAGCUUUCUCUACGGUGAACGACACCCAAAAUGGCUGGGGUCUUCGCUAUCAGCCCUUCCUCUACGUGCUCCCGCAACAAAUCGGCAAUCUCGCAAAAGGAACAAUUCUGUUGGCCGGAAACAGCAUUCCUACUGAUCUGAGCAAGACCAAGAUCGAUAUUUACGCUUCGACGGAUAGUGGAAAGACUUGGUCCUUCGUCUCCAGCGUCGCUAGCGGAGGCAAGGCCGUGCCCAACAACGGCGAGACCCCAAUCUGGGAACCUUUCCUCAUGGUCUACAAUAACCAGUUGGUCUGCUACUACUCUGACCAGCGUGAUUCAGCCUAUGGUCAAAAGCUUGUGCAUCAAACUUCUUCCAACGGUCUCACCUGGGGAUCGGUCGUCAACGAUGUAAGAGGAACGGCCUAUUCCCAGCGUCCCGGUAUGACAACAGUUACUAGCCUUCCCAAUGGCAAGUGGAUGAUGACAUUCGAGUACGGCGGCGGAACCAGCCCUAGCGGCGCAUCGUUCCCUAUUUACUACCGCAUCUCCAGCUCUCCGCUUACCUUCGACUCGGCUGCGAAUCAGAUCCUGGUCGCCGGCACUCGUUACCCCAGUUCCUCGCCCUAUCUCACGUGGUCUUCAUCUGGAGGCACCAACGGCACUCUCGUUGUUACCGCAAACAGUGAUGGCGGAAUUUACAUCAACACAAAGCUGGGCGAUCCUAACUCAUGGACCUACUACACUAUUCCCCAGCCUGGAGCUUAUUCCAGACAGGCCAUGGUCAUGGAUAACCCUGACUGGCUGUACGUCAUGAGCGCCGGAUAUCUGGGUGGCAACAACUGGGUUACCGACAGCGUUUUCAAGCUCCCCAACCUAUCCUAG